GUCCUGCAUUUUUUAAUUCUUUAUCACCAAAUCACUCAUUGUAUAUAUAUUAAUUAUACCAACAAAGGUUUUAGUAGCAUUGCAGUCUCCAAGCCUAAGUCGGUGUCACUCUUGAAGUGAAUCACGGUUUGAGCACAACCACUGAAACUGUUGUAGAGCAAUGGGAAGCACAGGUUUGCUCUAUCUGUUAAGUGUUGCUGUUCUGCUUAGUGUAUCUUUGGUACAAGCUGAAGAUGCAUACAAAUACUUCACAUGGACUGUGACUUAUGGGACUCUUUCUCCACUUGGUAGUCCCCAGCAGGUGAUUCUGAUCAAUGGUCAAUUUCCUGGGCCUCAACUAGACUUGGUAACUAAUGAAAAUGUAAUUCUUGAUCUUGUCAACAAGCUGGAUGAGCCAUUUCUUCUCACUUGGAAUGGCAUUAAACAGAGGAAAAAUUCAUGGCAAGAUGGGGUUUUGGGAACCAACUGCCCUGUUCCUCCAAACUCAAAUUACACAUACAAGUUUCAGGCCAAGGAUCAGAUUGGAACCUAUACAUACUUCCCAUCAACUCAACUGCAUAAAGCAGCAGGAGGGUUUGGAGGACUCAAUGUCUAUCAUAGAUCUGUCAUCCCAGUGCCUUAUCCUUACCCUGAUGGAGAUUUUACUUUACUCAUUGGCGAUUGGUACAAAACCAGCCACAAGGCAUUAAGGCAGUCUUUGGAUUCUGGAAAAUCUCUUGCAUUUCCUGAUGGUCUUCUUAUCAAUGGCCAGGCUCAUACAACCAUAAAUGGUGAUCAAGGGAAGACCUACAUGAUCAGGAUCUCAAAUGUGGGCAUGGCAACCUCAAUCAACUUCAGAAUUCAGAAUCACACAAUGAAACUAGUUGAGGUAGAAGGUUCACACGUUGUCCAAAACAUAUAUGACUCCCUUGAUGUGCAUGUUGGGCAAUCAGCUGCAGUGUUGGUAACCUUAAAUCAGCCUCCAAAAGACUACUACAUUGUGGCCUCAACAAGGUUUUCCAGAAAGGUUUUCACAUCAACAGCAGUGUUACACUACACAAACUCUCACUCCCCGGCUUCUGGUCCCUUGCCUAGUGCCCCUGCUUACCAAUAUCACUGGUCUGUGACGCAAGCUAGAAGCUUCAGAUGGAAUCUGACAGCAAAUGCUGCUAGGCCUAACCCACAAGGUUCAUUCCAUUAUGGGAAAAUAACUCCUACAAAGACAAUUGUGUUAGCCAAUUCAGCACCUUUGAUCAAUGGAAAGCUUCGUUAUGCUGUGAACAAGGUUUCUUAUGUUAGCCCUGAUACCCCUCUCAAGCUUGCUGAUUACUUCAACAUUCCCGGAAUCUUCAGUGUGAAUUCAAUCCAAAGCCUUCCCUCUAAUGGACCGGCAUACAUAGCUACCUCUGUUCUUCCAACUUCUCUCCAUGAUUUCGUUGAGAUUGUUUACCAGAACAAUGAGAGCACUCUGCAAUCAUGGCAUCUAGACGGUUAUGAUUUCUGGGUUGUGGGUUAUGGUUUUGGACAGUGGACACCAGACAAGAGAAGAACCUAUAAUCUAGUGGAUGCCCUGACAAGGCACACUGCACAGGUAUAUCCAAACGCUUGGACUACCAUAUUGGUAUCAUUAGACAACCAAGGCAUGUGGAAUCUGAGGUCUGCAAUAUGGGAAAGGCAGUAUCUUGGGCAGCAAUUAUAUCUCAGGGUUUGGAAUUCUCAGCACAGCCUUGCUAAUGAAUAUGAUAUUCCCCGUAAUGCAUUGCUUUGUGGCAAAGCCGUAGGACAUCAUGCUUAGUAUAAUCACCAACCAAUCCUUAAUUUGGUAUUGUCUUCUAGUCAUGAGGGUUUGACUACAAUGGAAAAUUAAAGAGAAAAAAUAUGGAGAGAAUUGAAUUUCUCAAGUAUCCGGUUGUUUUAUAUGAAAUUGAGGAAGAUCUUGUAUUAAAAUUGCAUUUUUUAUUUUCA